UCAUUGAAUCAUUCGUGUUCGUGCUAUUCAUCGACCGACUAGUUCUGUAGGGUGUCCUCGGUCUGGUUUGUCGUGUAACGAUUAAAUUUACACAAACAUGUUAAUCUUGACUUAAAACUUGAACAGAAUAUCAUUAUUCAGUGUACAAAUUCCUCUGGGUGCUCGGUGCCUAAUAUUAUCGCGUUGGAAAAUAUCGAAUUUUGUUUCGUUAUCGACUUCGAUUGUGUUUGUGUUUAGGGUAUCUCGGAGUUUGUUUAUCAAACAAACAGUUUACCCCAGAACCAGAUAUAAAUAGUGCAUGGUGCAUCGAUCUUCUGGAAGCCAGUAAUGUAAAUAGUGUAACGGGAAGAGCCGGCAAAAUGUGUCGGUUUUUGGUGUUGGUAUUCUGGGUGUGUUUGUGGCGGUGUUCGCGAGCCGAAAUCGGACACGACAUGAAUAAAAUCAGCCAGCAACUGAUCCUUGAUAUGUCGGACGUUAUGGACCUGGCGACUCCUAAUUACUCGACACCCAUAAUUAACACAACUUAUGUGGCCAGUCUGCAAUUCGACAUGCGAGCCAUGGGCCCGCUAUACAACUCCACACAUAUGAUCAUCGACGCUAUCGCCAAUAAACAAGCUUAUCCUGAAGGAAUAGUGUCCGUGUCCGACGGUCACUUGGACAUCGCGUCACCGCGAGACAAUUGGAAGGUGCUGUUAGCGCAUUACGCCGGGCCCACCGCCAUCGUAGUAGUCACGGCACUGGUGAUUGCUGCUCUGCCACUAGCCGGGUUAUUCUGGUGCUGCUGCUACUGGUGCCGCGUGGGACGACGCCGGAGACCCUUCGACCGCAAAUAUGACGCCUGUCUCAAAGGCAUCCUUGCCAUACUCCUCAUUGGAUUGCUCACAUUAUUCUUGUUCGGAGUGGUCUGCGCGUUCGCGACGGACUCUCAAGUGGAGGACGGGAUGGCGGACGCUCCGGACUCGCUGCGGGACGGCAUCCGGGACGCCCAGGAGUUCCUCAACGCGACGCAGGCGCACGCCCGCUGGCUGCUCGUCGUCAACUACAGGGAGCUCAAGGACGCUCUGAACGCGGUGCUCCGCACGAGCGGCAUGACUGUGGCGCUGAAGCUGGGCGAGUUCUCGCACGCGGCGUCGGUGAGCGCGCUCAGCCGCAUGGUGGCGCGGCUGGACGACGUGCGCGCCGACCUGCGCGCCGUGCACGCGCUCACCGACGCGCUGCGACACCACGCCGACGCGCUCAACGCAGGUCUCCGCAAGGUGAAGAACCAGCUGCUCCAGACCCUGGCGCGCUGCGACCAGCCCAACUGCAAGGCUCUGCAGAACAAGUACAAGCUGGGCCAGCUGGACACGGAGAUACACUACAGUCAGAUGCCGGACGUGUCUCCGCUACUCAGCAGCGUCUCCGUGCUCCUCGAGGGACACAUCCAGGAGGAGGUGGCCGCCGGUCAGCAAGUGUUCAGGGACAUACAGUACGGGAUCCGGCGCUCCAUCGACACCCACAUACCCGACGUGCAGAACGCCAUCGAGGAGACCGGUCGCAAGCUGGAGGGCAUCGCGGAGCAGAUCACGCAGCUGGCCGGCAACGCGAGCGCGCGGCUGGCGAGCGACGGCGGCGGCGCGGCGGACGCGCUGCGGAGCCUGCACGCGCGCUACGGGCCCUACCGCCGCCACGCCGGGCUGGCGGCCGCGCUCGCGCUCCUAGCGAUAACGUUGCUGCUGGUGUGGGGGCUGGUGUGCGGCGUGUGCGGCAAGCGCCCCGACGCGUACGGCGCCGCGGACUGCUGCAACAAGGGCGCCGGCGCGCGCUGCCUGCUCUGCGGCGUGGGCGCGACGCUGGCGGCGGGCGGCGCGGUGGCGCUGGUGCUGCUGGUGCACUUCGCCGCGGGGCUCGCCGCGCAGCGCUUCGUGUGCGACCCGCUCACAGAGCCCCGCGGUAACCGUCUGUUCGAGGACCUGGAGAAGUUCGUCGACCUGGAGAAGAUGCUGUUCAACGAGCGGCUAGACCCCAACUUCAACAUGACGUCCGUGCUGCUGCAGUGCCACAUGAACCACACCAUAUACGAGACGCUGCAGCUGCGGCGCGUGUACGACGUGGAGGAGCUGCGGCGCGCGCUGGGGGCCGCCGUGGGGGCGCGCGUGCGGUCCCUGCGCGCCCGCUACCCGCAGGAGGCGGCGCGCGGCCGCGUCACGCUGCUGCGGGACCCCGCCAAGCUCAAGCUGACCGAGCUGGCCAACACGCAGCUCUCGGACUUCGACUUCGACAAGAUCCUGGAUGCCCUGGAGAGCAACCUGACGACGCUGUCGCUGGAGGAGCUGGGCGAGCGGCUGACGAGCGCGGCGGGCGCGCGGGGGCUGGCGGGGUCGCGGGAGGGGGCGGACCUGCGCCGCGCCGCCGCCGCGCUGGCGCAGCUGCACGCCGACCUGCUGCUGCCCAUGCGCAACUACACGCUCCAGCUCAACCGGACGGCGACAAAACUCCGCGACGAGCUGCGGUUCAACCAGUCGUCGCUGAAGGCGGCCAUCUUGUACCACCUCCACGAGACCAACGAGGCCGAGGACUUCCUCAACAACCAGGGGCCGCAGCUGCUGGAGAACAUCACGGCGGCGUUCGCGGCGGUGGUGGAGCGCGAGGUGGGCGCGUACGGCGAGCGCCUGUCCGCCGCCGCCGCGCGCCACGUGGGCCGCUGCGGUCCGCUCUCCGCCGGAUUCAACGCCACGCGCGACGCGCUCUGCACCAAGCUGCUGCUGCCCGCGAACGGCUACUGGAUGUCGCUGGCGUGGGGCCUGCUGGUGCUGGUGCCGGUGCUGGUGGUGGCGCAGCGGCUGGCCGGGCUGUACCUGCAGGCCGACCCCUACCCCGGACCGCUAGUCGAGGCCGAAUAUUUGUAUGACGCGUACGCGGACCGCGAUAACGUACCCCUCGCCAACAGUGGGUCAAAACGCAGUACGCUGGACAUCGAGGGUAAGAUUGCGGAGUGGAGGGACCGGGCCGUCCCCUCCGCCCCCCCGCCCCACUCGCCUCCCCCGUCGCCCCCGCACUCUCGCACGCAGCUCCUGCUCGCGGGGGAGGAGGUCGUGUGCCAGCUGGUGGCCCCGCCCCCCGGACUCAUCGACGACCUCAAGACUCGACUCGACGCUAAAGACGAGGACAACGAGUCCGGAAUACACGAGUCCGAGUAACUUGUCACUUCGAUCGAUCAAAAAAUUAUUAUCGAAUUUGUUUAUCGAUUUGAUCAUAUUACUGUGCUCGGAUCUAGUCACAAUAAUUUGUUUGUAAUUGUUCUAAAUGUUGUUGAAUUUGUUGUAUAGAUAUUUCGAUCGAUUUUAUUAUUUUGUGAAGUGAAUAUCGGUAUUCAUAUCUUAACUUUGUGUGAGAGGGUGCAGCCGACGUCGCGGCGCCGCGGCGUCGGUAGCGCACGGCUCCUCUGUAAAAUGUUUUUGAAACGUUUAAAACUAGUCGUUGACCAAUUUUAUUGUAGAUCAACUCUUGUUUUAAUUGUCUUCCAAAGUCAAACGAAUUAAAUGUUUGUUUGUUGAAACAAAAAUAUCAAAAUAAAUCAUGUAAUCGAUUUGAAUGAUACAAUCAAUUAUUUGCGUUGUACUUUCCACACAUCCCCGUGGAGGGUUGUCGCUCGUCCGAAUGUAGUGUGUAACAGUAAUAACGUUUGAUAAAUUCUAUUUGUUCGUGUUCGUAGUCUUGUUGUACAGCAAGUAUGAUAUACAAUCGUAUUUAUAAUAUGCUUUUAAACUAAUUAUAACGUCCAUUUUGCUAAAGCUAUCCUUGCCGUUCGCCUCGCGAUAUAUUUAAAAUGGCUCAGGUUCAAACGUUCACCUCACCAUUAAAAAAGAAAUCUCAAAAAGUCUCAAAGAGUCCACUGACACUAAAUAAUGAACGAAAAAAAAAGGCCGAACCCGUUCGCCGCGGUAUACUAAACGCAACGCUUGUACAAAACAUCAUUGUUACCCUCAAUGUAGAGUCUAGGACAUAUACACAUAUAUACACUGUAUUUUGAACUAUUCAAAUCAUUUUGAUAUGAACUUUGUAUGACUUAUUAAUACUAGAAUAGUAAACAAGCUUUAUAUGAUUAUAUAAACGUUUUAUCCGUCGGCAAUUUAUUGUGAAACAUUUUUCAGAAUUGUCGCCAAUUGAUUAAUGUUUUUGUACUUCGGUGUUGUGAUUGUGACGCUUAAGUGUAAUGGAUAAUUGAUUACUGAAUGUUUAAUUGUAAGUUUAAUUAUACUUAAGCAACAUCAAUGGCUUCAACUCGACUGUGCGGUUUGAAUGUGUGCUCAUAGUUUUGAUUCAAAAUCGAAUUCGCCGAAUAUCAGGAUUGAAUACUUUCUGAUUGAAUGGCUAAUUGUUCACGUGGGCUGUAUUAACAUUGCCAAUGUAACAACGUUUUUUGUAUGAAUACAAAAUACAAAAUUCAAUUAGCCUAAAUAUCCCACACUUCCAAAUCGCACUGGCGCCAAUCAAUAUUCGGUAACGUUGUACAUUGCGUGCUGUAAAUUAUAAUAAUACUCGUAAUAAAAUGUAAUAAUACUCGGUUUGGAUUGGUUGUUGUAUGUCUGUGUGCACUGCAGUGAAUUGAAAUGAUGUAAGCGUAAGUAAUAAAUAAGUUAUGCUCCCAGAAAUUGGGCUCUACUGUCGUUAUGUAGGAAUAGCUCUGUAGGCGCAGCUCGACUUGAAGAAGUGUAGAACAUUGAUUAAAGACGAAAUUUACUUUAUAAUUCAAAGCUUUUUAAUAUGCUUUUAUUAUCUUCAGACGUAUGUACGUUUGUAACGGAACCUUUGAACAUGAUUUUGACCCCUUCAAAACGUCGGAUUAACUCGAAAUUUGGUAUACUUACUAAGGACCGAUGUCAAAUAAAUAAUUUAAAAAAAUUUGAAAAAAAAUAAAUUUAAAAAUUUGAAAUUGAACUAAAAAAUGGAAAAUAAAUAAUAGUUUAAAAAAAUAACAGAAUACGCUUUUAACUAUUAUUUAUUUAUUUAUGUUCCAGUCGAGCUACGAAUACUUUUACUAUUUACUAAUAUCUUGGUUGUUUUAGAUACGUCUAUGUAAGGAUUUUUAUGACAUAUCCACCGCAAGUGUCUUCAUUUGUAGCAGUUAUAAAAUACAAGUGUAUUAUGGAUUUUACUGAACAUAUUAGUGAUUUAAUAUUGAACUACACAAUAACGUGUCUAUAUAAAGUCUAGUCUUUUGUGCUCUUUCCGCGAGACCUGGACAUAAUUAAAACUAAUUUUACGGUUUGAUCUCGCCAACGGUUUUUUAAGAUCCGACAAAAAUAAUUUAUUUUAUUUUAUUUUUAUUGCUUAGAUGGCUGGACGAGCUCACAGCCCACCUGGUGUAAAGUGGUUACUGGAGCCCAUAGACAUCCACAACGUAAAUGCGCCACUCACCUUAAGAUAUAAGUUAUAAGGUCUCAGUAUAGUUACAGCGGCUGCCCCACCCUUCAAACCGAAACGCAUUACUGCUUCACGGCAGAAAUAGGCAGGGUGGUGGUGGUGGUACUUACCCGCGCGGACUCACAAGAGGUCUUACCACCAGUAAAUAUAUACUUGCUAAAGAAAACGAGUUAAUUCCACGUAUAAUGCGUGAGGAUAUUGUAAUAAUAAAACAUCCUAAUCUUAACAAGGAAGAUAGUUUGCGCCUAUCAACACUUAAGAUUCUUAUCGUGAAGCUGAAAUCCCAAAUAAAACUGCCGGACCUCAGGAUACUGUUAGUUUGUUCUGUGUCAAACGAAACGUAAAAGUAUAUAUCUUUUUUAUAGAAAAAUAAACGAUAGCACAAUAUUGAAAUGUGUUCUAAAUGUCUAAAAUAGGUAAUAUAAUAACAAUAAAAAACACGAGAUUAAAUCGUAGAGGUAGUUUUAAUUAUAUUCAAACUCUGUUUUUACAUUUUAAUAUGUUUUGUCUUUAUUCGUAUUUGUGGGUAGGUUAAUAUGUAGUUAGGGUUCACAGGUUGGAUAGCCUGCCUGUACAUGUACUAUACAAGUGAAUCAAACUUUCUUUUACAUUUUUCAAUAAUUCGCGUCAUUAGUAAUGGUAAUACAUAAUUAGUAAGUAGAAUAGAGUAGAAUGAUAGUGAUAAUGUAGUAUGAUCACAUUUAUAUAAAGUGCAAUCGAAGUUUGAACUUUAAGGUGUAAGAUAUAAGGUUCGACACGUGACUGUUUACUCGGACGUCGUGCACUAGGAGCCGAUGUCCUGGCGCGGGUAAUAUACCGUUGUACGGAUAGAUCCUGCAUGCCCUUGUUUGACUGCGACCGCUUGCCCGCCGCCUCUCAGAACUUACCCCCACUUAGAUUCUUAUUUUAUGUCUCGGUAAGGGACAGGAAAACAAACCCUCACAUAGCUGAAGAGACGUGAUUUUUUUAAAUCGCUAACAAUUUAUAUCGUUCUUUUGUACUAAAUUAGUAUUUUAAAUUGAAAUAGAUUUGAAGUAUGAGGGCUACAAGUAGUGCGUUAGUGUAACAGGUUCAUGGUGUAAAUGAGAGGGUAAGGCAAACUGGUUGUUUUUCUGUCGGUACUUUUGAAAUUUGCAUUUUAGUAGAAUUUUUUCUUCUUAUUACUAAUUUAACACGUUUUGUUUUUGUUAACGCUGAAUUGUAUGGUCUGUUUUGUUCAAUUAUUUAUUUUCUUAAAUUAAUUCUGAUUUCUGUUUUUAUAGAAAAAAAUCUUUAAAUAUGUUUGACGAGAAAACAAUUGUUCAUCACACUUGUAGAUUUGUCGCGCGUGCUGGCCGCGGUCGUAAUACGCGGUUGGGCUUCUGGUGCUGUGAGCGAAGACUCCAAGGCAUUUUUACAUUCUCACUUAUUUAUUAGGCAUUUUCAAUCUAUAAUUUUUUUUUUUCUAACUUUAUCCAAUUUAAUUAAAAACCUGUCUUUUUUACCCCUUCAUAAAAUUAGUAUAGCAUAAUGUUGUAUUGCAAACGGUCCGAGCAGGUCAUUAUGUGGAAUAGUAUCAUAUCCAAGCGCUCACGAGUAACUCUGAGAUUCCUCAAAGUACACCUCCCUGUCGUGUCGUCUGCCAUUGUAUUAAUUAGAUUUUAAAUUAAUUAAAAUACUUAGUUGAAUGUUUUCAGGUCAUCGUAUUUAAGAUCGUUUUCACUGUGCUAUUUCACUUUCCAUUUGCACGUACCGCAUCAACAUGUUUUGGGCUUUUUUUUUGUAUUUCCUCUUAUUUCUUUAAGUUAAUUGACCAAGUGACUACCAGCUAAUAUUUAACUAAAAUUUCAACCAUUAUAAUUAUAAGCCUUCCACGAGUUGUUAUAACCAUUUGGGACAAGAUAUUGUUGACAAAUUUGAACCCCGCUUUCUAUUGAUCUUGACAGUAUGGGGCUAUGGGUGUGCGUUAUUAAUAUAUAUUUUAGUUAAUUCAAAAUAUAAUUACGUAUGCAGUUUUACUUUUGUAACGUGUAAUUUUCGCAAGUCGUUAUGUUGGCUUAAAUGUUCUAAAGUGUUAAAAGACAUGGUUUAAAUAUAACUGUUAGUCACUUGUUUAAUUUUCUCAAUAAUUAUAAUUAUCAUGGUCAGUGUAUCGACACUAGAUUUUUCAUUAAUCUAAAAACAGUAAAUAACAUUAAGCUCUUUAAUAAUAUAUUGCAAGUGUAAGUGUAUUUUUCAUACUAGUGUAUACUUUGCAAUCAUUUUUUCUUUCUUGAUUCUUGUUCGCUUCGAAUUGUUGGUUCGGACCAAAUUAAAUUUUAAAGCAAAAUGCCCUUUAAUAUAACAUAUUUUAAAAUUGUAUUUAAUCGAUAAA